GGACCAAAUGCUGAAGCCACGUCGUGUCCAAUUGCUUCUGCUAUGCAGUGGCCUCCGCUUCAAUCAACUGGUUCAACGUCUUCUCAUCGUUAGCCCCCAUGGUGCGGGGUCGGGCGGGAGGGCGUGCCAAGUCCGUCGUCAUAAAUAUAGUUGCCUGACCCUCGAGAAUACAUUCAAGUGCUACGAGUUGGAAAAUGGCCCUCCAAUGGACGUUGAACUGUCCCGCGAAGAUGCCAUUACCAUGUACACCCAAAUGGUGGAGAUGCGUCGCGUUGAGGUCCUGGCCGAUGCCGAGUACAAGAAACGGACUAUUCGGGGCUUUUGUCAUCUCUAUAAUGGCCAGGAGGCGGUGGCCAUUGGGAUGAUGCAGCGUCUGAGGAAAUGUGAUUCCGUAAUAACGGCCUACCGCUGCCAUGCAUGGACCUACCUCAUGGGCGUAUCUCUGCACGAUAUGAUGGCCGAGCUGUUGGGCUUCAAGACGGGCUGUAGUCGCGGCAAGGGCGGCUCCAUGCACAUGUACAGCGACAAGUUCUAUGGCGGCAAUGGCAUUGUUGGGGCCCAGGUGCCACUCGGUGCCGGUGUUGCCCUCGCCCAUCAGUACCGUCGGGAUGGGGGCGUCUGUGUGGCCCUCUAUGGCGAUGGUGCCGCCAAUCAGGGUCAGAUCUUCGAGGCCUACAAUAUGGCCAAGUUGUGGUGCCUGCCCUGUAUAUUCGUUUGCGAGAAUAAUCAUUAUGGAAUGGGCACCCGAGUAGAUCGUGCCUCCGCCAUGACAGAAUUCUACAAACGUGGCCAGUACGUGCCCGGACUGUGGGUGGACGGCAACCAGGUGCUGGCCGUGCGCAGCGCCACCCAGUUUGCGGUGGACUAUGCCGUGGAGCACGGACCCAUCGUUUUGGAGAUGUGCACAUACCGGUAUGUGGGCCACUCGAUGUCCGAUCCGGGCAUCAGUUAUCGAUCCCGCGAAGAGGUCAACAAAGUGAGAGAGACCCGUGAUCCGAUCAUCAGUUUCCGGAAUCAAAUGAUCCAACUGUGCCUGGCCACCGAGGAGGAGAUCAAGAAGCUGGACGGCGAGAUCCGGAAGCGUGUCGAUGCCGAAUGCAAGAAGGCGCUGGGCGGGAAAGAGGUGCCCCUGGAGGAGCUCUAUGCGGAUAUCUAUUCAAAGAAUUUAGAACCGAAGAUCCGUGGAGUCUCUGGCUAUGUAUAUAAUCACUUUAAUAUCGCUGAUGUCUGUUUCGGGAAGCCCCGAAAGACUCCGGCCAACGAGAUAUGUGAUGUGCCAGUGGGCGAUGCUGCACUCCUUGCCAAGGCGGCGGAGGACAAGAAAAAGAAGGAGGCGCAGAAGAAGGCUAAGGAUGGCGAUAAAAAGGACAAGGAUGGCGGCGCAGCCAAAAAAGGUAACACCGAUUCCAAAAACGAUGCAAAGGCGAAGGCUGGUGGCGCUGCCAAGGCGGAGAAGAAGCAACCGGAUAAGCCAGCUGGUAAGGAGGGUCCAACACCAUCGCCAUCAUCGCCACCGCCGCCGGCAUCGGGUGGUAAGCCACCUGCCGCCAAAAAGUAGAGCUCUGGCCAGCGGAGGAACGUGGAGGUAACACAUAGUGGAGUGGGCAGCUAUCCCGGUAUCGCGAUACCGUUCCAGUAAUCGGUAUCCGGGUGCCAUGUAUCAUAAGUCAAGUAGCCCACCCCCCAAGAUGCUUCUGUUGGAAAGCUUUAUUAUCCAAGAUUCGAACCAAAAUUGUGGCCAUAAAUUGUAUAGUUCAUAUUCACAGUAAAUUCUAGUUAAAGAUCUUUUUCGCCAAAAGUUUUACUUGCUAAGAAAAAAAAUUAAUAAAAAAUCCUUAAUUUA